AUGAGGGCGAGCGGAGAUAACGGUGUCUUGUCCAGGUACCUCGUCGGUUCGCUCCAAAAGGAAGAGGUGUCAAAAAGCGAGUGGGACAGCGCUGGAUAUACCGUGGGGAUGAGGCCCGUGGUGUCAAGAUACGGUGGUAUCGGAUUGGCCUCGGAGCUUGAUUGCAGAUACAAACUGAUCGUCAUUGACGCCGAUCACUCCAAGAGCGUCGGCUAUGCGAUCUCGUUGGUCAAGUUGUCCAUUCUCGCGAAGACCGAAGAGACGACUAUUUUGCGCUUCGUCUGGUUGUCAUCUGCCCCCGUUGACAAAGAUUUAGGCAGGAUGCUCGCCGUUGCUACCAACAGAUCAGAGACUCCCGUCACAGCUUUUCGAUUGACACAGCGGACCAAUUCGCCAAAUUUGUCAAAUUUGAGAUGGAUUGAAUACAAAGCAAGCGACGGGGAGUACCCAGACGCUGUGAUGGAAGCUAUUGCUCCAGAGUAUGCGAUGGUUCAGGACCCGGGGCCGUCGGAAUACAAUACAACGAGAACGAUAGCCUUCUGGGUUGGAGACUCCGAGUGGAAGCGGCAUCGUCUGAGACAUACGCUUCUAGCGGCCGCUCGGAAGUACUUCACUGACGAGAAGGAUACCAGAUCAAUCUAUAUCACCCCCGGUUUGAUGGGAAGAUCGUUGAACGAUGCCAAGAACGCGUACCAUUUGGUUCUUCUCAAUAGCGAGAUAAAGGAGGUAUUCGACACAGAGACGUCGCAUGUGGUUCGGAAGAGGGUGGCGAUGUCGAGGGCCCAGAUGCUGACUCAAAUAACUUGCGCCUUGGAUAAGGAUGUUGAGCAGGCGGAUAGAACCAUCCACGCCCAAGUGGCACUACAUGACAUCCUCGACGCGGAACCUAAAAGGGAAUUCGAAGAUAUUCACCUUCCGGUAUUCAUCAUCUAUGCGAUGGAUGAAUGUCCUGAAAUUAAUAUCGGCCGUCUUCGUGUUUGCUUCAAGGAGCCGGCAUUCGCUGAGGCUAUCCGCCGGCUUUAUGUGUUGGGGUUCAUCUACUACGGCAUGGACGGAAUCAGUGUACAUCUCAACGUUUCCCAGGCCCGGAAGACUCUUGACUUCUUAUCAAUCACGGGAAACGACUUGUCAGUAGCCUGCUUUCUGAGCUGCAUAACAGAGGACACGCCCGCCACGGCCCGGUCCGCGAUGAUCGACAUUGCGGCUAUUGUGCUCACGUGCCACGCUUUGAAUCCUUUCUUCAUCAUUUCACCCGAUCACUUUGCGGACAAAGAUUCCAUCAACGGGCUAUUGCAGCGGCUUUGCAUAGACGUGCCAAGCGAUGUUAUCAAGAGUGGCGCUAUGUGGUUGGCUUUGGCUAUCUUCCGCCAAUACGAAGAGGACUUUGGAUUCGCUUUGUUUGAAACGGAGUACUAUGCAUGGCUUCCGACGGUCAUACCGCAACAGGUUCUGUUCGAUUCUGUUGGCGAAAUGGGCUGUGACCUGGUGGACUUUGCUACGGUAUAUUUUGAGGAGGACGAUGAAGAUGAUUAG